CGCUGUUCAGAGCUCGAGACCAUGACGCCCGAGAACAAGUUCCGCUCGGAUCUUGAUCCCUUCGCAGUCCUAAAGUCGGGGUGCCUCAGGGCAGAGUCAUCCAUUCCCACAGACAGCCCCAGGACUCAAAAUCUCAAGUUUCUUAGGGAGAAAUGCUUACAGUACUUUAGAGUCAUGCUAGGAGCCUCAGAUACAUCUGAAACAGGAGAACGUCCGCUGCCACAGAAUAAUUUCACCCCUGAGAAUAGCACUGUCCCAUCAAAUUCUCCUCAGCAUCUCCGCUAUAGGAAACCCCAGGGCUUUUUUAGUGGGACAUCUGGAACUCUCGCUCAGAUGCCUGGAGGAGACAGGUUAGCCCUGGACAGUCAGCUGCUGAAUGACUCGUGCCUUCCGGAACACCAGAAGCUGAGGCAUGUGCUAACCUGGGCUAAGAACUUCACCAGGGGGCAAGAGGUGAGUGCACGAUGCCAUGGUGAGCAGAAUGUUAGCCAAGCCCAGAGAAUGAACGUGGGCACUGAAGAUGGGAAGCUGAAGGACUCUAUCGAAACAAAUCCAAUGAGAGGAUACAAUAAGAAGGAGGAGAACUACAUCAGAACCUGGGAUGAUAAGGAUGGUAAAGACAUAGGAAACAAAAUAUCCAUUUUGGCUGAAGAAUGUCCGGAUAAAAUGCUGGGAAGUGGUUAUGUGGACUUGUCCAACAGCAAACGGAUCACUUUUUCGAAGACUCUCUGUCAGACCCUGCCCAUGACUAGUUCUCCAGUAUCUGCUGUCAGCCACAGACUCGGCUCUCCUGUUGCGCACUGCAGCCGCUUCCAUGUGAGCGAGAAGCAAGACUCUCCCAGAGAUGAAGAGUUUAUCCCGCAUAGGGAUUUGUAUAAGAUGCUGAAUGGAAGUGAAGACCAACCAAGCUUUGCAUCCUGUGACAAAGACAUUUUCUUUCAGUCUGACCUCUCACUGCUGAACCCAAGAAACACUGCUAUCUGCAAAUCAACUGCUUCCUGCAACUGCAACAAAUACGGUGUUUUGUGGCUCUCUAGGUCUGAAGAUGCCACUAGGACACAUAAUGUUACAUGUAUAGAUGAACUGGUACUGCAACCUCAGAGCAGACCUUCAGCAGGAAUGGUCUUUGAAGCAUCUGGCCCCCAAAUUAAUAUGGUCAGCUCUGAGGAAGAUGAAGAAAAGCCAGCAAUUCAGAAUCAUCUGCUGAGCUCUUAUAACAAUUGGCAUUUGCAGCAAGACACUGAGGCACAGGACCUGGCUGUCAUGCCAGGAAGAGUUUUAGGAGAUGUGAUGGCUCUGACUUGGCUGAAGGAGGGUUCCAAUUUUCUCCAUGAAGUCCACACUGACCAGCCUUGGAACCCAUCCCUGCUAACUCACUCUGUCUCCCCACUUGAGAGUGGCCAUACGAAACCUAGCCUCCACAAGGAAGUUAAGGAGGGCUGUUUUCUGCAUGAAAUCCUCAAAUCCACUCAUAUAACCCCCCUGUCAGAUAAAGAGAGCGUUAUAGAUGGACGACACAAAGGUCCUGCCAACUUGAAUAUCAUCAUAGGUGACACAGCAUUACCUUGUAAGCUUCUGGGAUCUACUAUUCAACAAGAGGACCCUACAGACCUGCCUGAGCCACUGGGAUACCAAAUGGGCCAGUAUGGCCUGUUCUGGGGUGAGUCACACCAAAGCUGCUGUGACCAAACCACUGGUGGGGCCUGUUUUUGUUUCAGAGCCUCUGGUCAAAGCACCCAACAAAGCUUUCAAGUCCCACAAGGCUUGAGUGUCUACGAGGAGUACCUUCUCUAUGUGGCUUGUAUUGAAGACCUUAAAUCACAGAAGGCCCACCGGUGUCCUGACCUGACUAUUAUGAGAGAAAGGUGUGAUACUGACAAACGAUGGGAUGGAGAAGACAAGAUUACUGUCAACAAUGCACAGUGUGGAGGAGUCAGUGAUUACUCUAACAGACAGCAACAUGGAGAAGACAGGGUCAUGAUGGACAACGUAGAGUAUUACACUAAUGGUAUUCUGCAAAAUUCUGGAAAUGAUAAUACAGAUGAAAUAUCAAGAGCAGGAAGAAAAAGAAUACAGCAUAAAGAGAACAUGAAUGGAACAGAAGAACUUCAUCAUGGGUCUGCAGCUUCUGGGGUAAACCAUCACCAGUGUCAAGAAGGUGGAGCAGCACAUGUGCGCCCUUCUUUUAGUUCUGAAUUUGUGAGAUGCACAGAAGUGAGUGCAGAUCCCAUACUGCCCAUGGCUGAGCAUCACCCUGGAGGAACCCCAUUUCCUCCGCCCUCCUCCUCUAACUCCCACACAGCUUUUCUGAGGUUGAGGGACAGUGUUACCUCCUCAAAAGACUGUGUGACGAUGGGAACACCAGUAGCCCCGAUGUGCUCACGUCUGGUGGAGAAGCAGGUGGCUCCUGACAGACAAGAGGACAGGAAAAUGGUACGAACACAGAGUGGGUGGAGAGGAAAGAGGCCACAAGCACAGAGGUCUACACAGAAGUGUAGCGAGCGCUCUGCCCAGGCUGGGCCCAGGAGGCACUGGGAGACAUCAAGCCUACGCUGGUCAUCCUGCUCCAACGGGGAAUCGCUGCCAAGGUCCCAGUCUCCUCACAGACCAUCAUCUGCAGCAGCACUGAGGAGCAGAUCCUCCUCCUCAACAGGGGUCAGAUUGUUGAAUACCGCACCUGUGGGCUCGUCCUUACCGAAGGCCACCCAACAGUGCCGGACGGACACAGAAAAUCAGGAAAUAUGUACUCAUCUGGAUGCUGGAUAUUGCACACAAUCUGUAAGAUCCUUCUCAUGCUUUUGA